GAUAACUGAUGCCAUCUACAAAAUAUAUUACAAAAUUGACAUAUUUUAUAUUACCUCAUCAACAUGCUCUGAUCGUAUUCCAAUUAUUGGUUAAAUAAAAAAAAAAGAAAUUGAUGAUACUUACCAAUAUAGCUUAGAUUUCGCAUGCAGAAUCAAAUACAUGUGCAUAUGUGUUGUGUUAUUACUUAUUAGUAGUUAGGGAGAAUAAUAAUAGUAUAUGUUUUGGUGUUGUCUUUUGUAUGCUUCCGGAAAAUCACCUUGACAACUUGAUUUCCCAUGGAUGGUUUGAUUAUCAACAAUCUAAAUAUAUAAAAAAAAUUAUAUAUUAUCUGUAAAUUACAACUUUUUUUCUGUUUCUCUUUCUAUGGUAAAAACAAAAAACAAAAACGUAGUGCUCUCCCUCUUCUUCUCUUGGUUGUUCUCAACCAAUAACUUCUGAGGGAUCCCUCUCUCUCUCCCUCCCUCCUUUCUCUUUCUCUCUCCUCUUCAGAACAUUUCAACAUUUUUUCUCGUCAAGAAAAAAAUCAACGCGUUCAAGGUUAACGGGAAGAUCGUUAAAUCUUGAACGGGAAAAGGUUGUCUCCGGCGUGUGGGUGGUGGUUACACACUAACCGGGGUCAACCCUCCAUAAAAAAAUCAAUGGCGACAACAAUGAAAGGCCUUCUCAAGGGCCUUCGUUAUAUUACUCAAAUUUUUGACGAAGAGAAAGAGGAGGAGAUGCAGAUAGGAUUCCCGACAGAUGUAAAGCAUGUUGCCCACAUCGGCAAUGAUGGUCCAGCCACCAAUGCGCCAAGCUGGAUGAAUGACUUCAAACCUCAAGAACAUGAGCAAGGUCAAGUCGUUUCCAGAGGAAACUCCAACAAAUAUAACCCUCAAGAGAUGAACCAAAGUGGCGCCGGGCUAAAAGAAUUGCUUCCUCCAAACACCAACGAGAAACAAAAACAGAAAACAAGGCGUAAACCCGGGUCAGCGGCUAGUCCAAACCAUAAUGGUGGUUCUGCAUCAUCAGAUGGAUCAGUGAAGCAGUCAAGACAUAACAGAAGCAAACACGGGUCAAUGGACUCAUCAUUGAGUGAUCAAGAACCUUCAGUACGUAGUAGAAGGCGUGGUGGUGGUGGCAGUAGCAAAGACACAGAAGGUUCUUCUAAUCUUAUUAUUCCUGAUGGUUCAGCGCCACCACGGAAGGCUACAUCGAGACCGAGGAAACUAAAAGGAUCGAUAGGAGGAGAAGGGUCGGUGAAGAAAUCAUCAAAAGGAACAGUUGAUGAUACAUGUAACGAUAUUAUCUGAGAGAUACUUAAAAAACAAAAAAAACAUGAAAUGUAACUUGUGAGGCCACCUCCGUGUGAGAGUUUUGUUUUAGUUUCUUGACUGCUCAAGAAGGGAAACAAAAACUUGGCUCACAAGAAACAAAACAGUUUCUGAAGGAAGGGAACAGAAAGAAAAUGCAUAUAAAAACUAUGUAAUCAAUCAUCAUCUAUUAGAUUUUUUUUUUUGUU